CCAUGUUGAGGCGGUCGCUGCCCGGCGCUGGGUGAGGCCUGUUCGGGCCCGGCGGGCGACGGAGCCCACAGGGGAGCUGACGGCUUCGUUUUCAUCAUGGGGGACAUGAAAACUCCAGACUUCGAUGACUUGCUGGCUGCUUUUGACAUUCCUGACCCGACCAGCCUCGAUGCCAAGGAAGCCAUUCAGACAGCGGGUGAGGAGAAUGAAAACCAUCUCAAGCAGUCGGGGAUUUGUAUUGACGAAAACGCAUCCUUGUCCCAUGCAGCGCCAGCUUCUGAUGUUCCAGUUGUGAGCGUCAUUGUGAAGAACACAUGUCGUCAAGAGUCAUUCGAGGCAGAAAAGGAAGGCAACCACCUAGGACCAGGCCUGUUGCACAAUGGAUUCCGUGGGUCUGAUCUGCCCCUAGAGACUCACAAUUAUGGAAAAUUUGAUUCUGCGUUCAUCAAUGGUGACGGCUUAAGGAACUAUCCUGAAAAGUUGGAACAGUCGAAGUCGGAGCCUUUACCAACGUUCAGUCAGUUCAGCCCCAUCUCCAGCCCUGAGCCCGAUGAUACACUCAAAGAGAACAGUAUUGUAGAUAAACCUAAACUUGCUCAAACUCCCUAUUUCCCACCGCAUCCGAUGUAUAUUCCAUCCGGGUCAUCUGUGCUAGACCUGCUUAGCAGGACCCUGCCAGAACCAGAGUUCAGUAGGUUUAUGUCAACUGGGCCGUCGCUGCUAGAUCUCCUCAGUAAGAAGCUGCCAGAACCAGAGUUAAGUAUGUUUGAUCAAUACUGCAAACGAGACCCAAAGAUAGAUGUCCACGGACUGCAAGAAAGUAGGGUGGAUGCAAACAGGAGGGAACGGGACAAGAGUCCAGAGAAGCGCGAAGUGUCCAGCAAGGAGCUUGUAGACCCAAACAGCUUUCUCGGCGAAGGCUUGCCGCUGGGCAACUUCCAUAGCAAUAACUUGGCAGAGAGCAAAGGACCUGUGGCCGAGAUGAACUUCUCCUCUUCGUCCGUCCCACCUCGCCAGCGUAUCAAGCCUGCUCACUCCAAACUGUCAUCUUGCGUCGCUGCGCUUGUAGCUCUUCAGGCCAAGAAAGUUGCAGGUAUCCCUAAGGAGGAGCAGGCAAACGUGACGAAAGAGCCCCCUGGCCCCUUUAAGGAUGGCGUUAAGGGAAGCCCCAAAAUGCCAAAGUCACCAAAGAGUCCAAGAAGCCCCCUUGAGAUUGUGAAGAAGGCCAAUAAGCAGCCCGAAUCUCCCCGGAGCGUGUGCAGUGACAGCAGUAGCAAAGGCUCUCCUUCUGUGGCCACUGGCUCUCCCCCAGCCAUUCCUAAAGUCAGGAUCAAGACCAUUAAAACCUCUUCCGGUGAAAUCAAAAGAAUGGUAACUAGGAUCCUGCCAGAAGCGGACGACUUUGGCAGAUCUCCUCAAGAAUCGCCUGUGGAGAAUUCAGUAACUGAGGAGUUUGUUAAAUCCUUCCCUUCGCCAGAGCCGAGCACAGCCAUGGAAACCGAGUCAUGCAAGAGUUUUGCUAAAGCCGCUGCUCCAGAAGGAAACCUAGCAAGUCCCCAAGCUGACAGUAUAAUUGCAGACAUUCCUGUAAACAGCAUCCCCGGUGCCUCUCUGCUGACCAACAACAGCAGUGGGACAAUCAAAGCAGGUAUUGUGGGGCAGCAGCCGAGCAAGAAGCCACAGCCGGGCACAGCAGCACAGCCGUGUAACCCGGCCAGCCUCCUUCCGAAAGCUGUGCACCUGGCAAAUCUCAACUUGGUUCCCCACAGCGUUGCUGCCUCUGUGGCCGCGAAAUCCUCCGUGCAGCGGCGCAGUCAGUCCCAGCUAACCCAAAUGUCGGUGCCGCUUGUGCACCAGGUAAAGAAAGCUGCUCCGCUUGUGGUUGAGGCGUUCAACAAAGUGUUGCACGGUGCCAAUCCUGUGCCAAUAUAUACUCCCAAUCUCAGCCCUCCUCUUGACAGCAGUAUUCACGUACCGGCCUCUGGGUAUUGUUGCCUGGAAUGUGGUGAUUCGUUUGCCUUAGAAAAAAGCCUCACUCAGCAUUACAGCAGGAGAAGCGUCCACAUUGAAGUCAUGUGCACCCAGUGUUCAGCAACGCUGCUUUUCUUCAACAAGUGCAGCUUGCUCAAACAUGCGAGGGAUCACAAGAGCAAAGGCUUUAUCAUGCAGUGUUCUCAGCUGUUCAUGAAACCCAUUUCCUUAGACCAAAUGUUUUCACCUUCUCCGACGAGUUCCUCGACCUCUCAGACGACACGCUUGCCCCCUCUUCCGCAUAAGCCUUGCGCUCCGUCAGGAAGCGGGACUGGGAGCACGCCGAAUGCCCAGCCAGCGCUGCCCCUGUACGCGGACCCAUUGAGACUAAUUCGUCACGGAUUAAAGUGUUUUGAAUGUAAUAAGCAGGCACUAGACUACAUUGCCCUCGCAGCCCACUAUCAGAGAACCUCGGAAGAUAAUGAGGGACUGACGUGUCAAGUGUGCCAGAUGCUGCUGCCUAACAAGUGCAGUUACUGUGCUCAUCAACGCAUCCAUGCUCACAAAUCCCCUUAUUGCUGCCCAGAGUGUGGCGCCAUUUGCCGGUCAGCUUAUUUCCAAACCCACGUCAAGGAGAAUUGCCUGCAUUACUCACGCAAAGUUGGCUACAGGUGCACUCACUGUGGGGUAGUCUUCAUGUCACAAGCUAUGCUGAAAGUGCACAUUCAUGAGAAACACUGUGAAGUCUUCCACAAGUGUUCAUUCUGUCCAAUGGCCUUCAAGUCUGCAGACAGCACCACUGCUCACAUUACUAGCCAGCACCCUUCAGAACCUCACAAGACAUCUCAGGUGAUCUACAAAUGCUCUUGUGAGACGGUCUUUAACAAGAAGAGGCUUCUGCAGGAGCACUUCCAGCAAAACGCCAAUAGGCUGAUGGUGGGCGUGUUCAAGUGUCCACAUUGUCAGCUGGUGUAUAUGCAGAAACUUCAGUUAAUGCAACACGUCAAGAGCGUCCACGGGGUCCCUGAAAAUCCUGAGGAUCUCAGUAGCGCCCGACAAAAGGUGGAGACGACAACAAGCAGUAACGUCCUCCCAACAUCCAAGGAGCUGUCAGUGAUCAACGGUACUUCCCAGUCCUCUUUGCCCUCAAAAGACACGAGCCCAGAAUCAAAGUCCAAGCCAAAACCCGGCAACUGGACUUGUCGGGAGUGUUCGCAGUGGAUCCCUGACAGAGAAACCUACGUGUCCCAUAUGAAGAAAAGCCAUGGAAAGAAUGUGAAGAGGUACCCCUGUCGGCAGUGCGAGCAGUCCUUUAAUGCAUCCAAUAGUCUGCGUAAACAUAUUCGUAAUAAUCAUGACACAGCAAAGAAAGUUUACACCUGCUGGUACUGCACAGAUGAAAUUCAGACAUUUCCUCAGCCAUCUCUACUGGAGGGACACAUCAGCCUCAUGCACGGCAUCAAAAACCCCGACCUUUCCCAGAUAUCCAAAGCCAAAGCUCCAGCAGAAGACUUGACAAAAGCAAAACCUCCAAAGAGGGUAUCUGCAGACGGUUUGGGCCAGACGGAAACCACUGCGUCAGGAUCUGAAGCUCCACCUGCCAAAAAACUGAAGGCGGCACGUUGGAAGUGUGCAAAGUGUGGAUUUGCAACAGCCGCUGAGACUGAAUUUCUGGAACACAUACCUCGGCACAAGACAGACAGCUCCACUUACCAGUGCCCGCUCUGUGGUUUGUGUUACACGUCUCACAUCUCUCUGACUAGACACCUCUUCAUUGUUCAUAAAGUGAAAGAUCCAGAGGAGGAAGAAGAGGAGGAAGAACAGGAGGAGCCAGAACAAGAGGAGAGGAAAGAGGGUCUAGAAAUGGAGACAAGUGAGAACGGGCUUUCAGAGCCUUACGGUGAGACGGACAUUGUGGGGAAGGACGGAGGCCGUUCGAAGAGCAAAGACUCUGAGGGCAAUCCCGCGUCCGGCAACACAGAGAAGCCCAACUCGCAGAGCAAACAUUCAAAGUCUCCAAAUAUUUAAGAGUGCGUUUUGCCUCCCCGUAAAGUGUUGAUCAGAGUGCAGGACAGUGGGGGCGGGGGGAGGCACGGGGUGGAGGCAGUGUUCUUCAACAUGCUGUUGAUUUCAUGGAAUGGGCACACUGUAUUCCAUUCACUUUAACUAGUAAGGGAAAUCAAAACAAGCUGCCACCAUAUCUGUAGCACUGAAUAUGUAACAGGUGUGAGAGGGCGAAAGAGAAUGUCUGACAUCCAUAUCCAGCUGAACCGUGUCUGAAAUUUCAGGGUAAGGAGCACUUUUUGCAUUCCCCUCCUCCUCCUUUUCCUCCUCCUUCUUAAGACCCCCCAUUCAAGACCCCCACCCAACAGAUCCACCUCACUUUCCCCUUUUUCACAAAGAGUAUUGCCUUUGGGUUAUUCUUUUCAUAUUCCUUUGCCCAAGUCCACCAAGUAUUCUGCCUGGACUGCACAAAAACCUGUGUUAAUUAACUCUUCUUUCCUCUGAAGACACUAAUCCAUUAAGGCUCCCUUUCCCUAAAAUCAUGCCAACCUCACCUUCCAGACACUCCAUGAACCCAAUCCCACACGAUUUGAACAAACAGCUCUUUCGAGAGGAGAUUCUUCCGAUACCAGUAAACGUUAAAAGGGUUUUUUGUGUCUUCACAUUUUGCACAAACGGAAUUUUCGGUUCCUAUUGCAUGUGUACAUAGUCGGUGUCAGUGUCAGCCCGUAAAGUAGCUGCACCGGGCCAACGGAACGCCCGUUGGAGCUUUCUGCUUUCAGAAGUGGGCUGGAUCUUAUUGCAAACUAAAGUCCAUCUGCUUGAAUCGUUGCCACACACGUGGCCCGGGAUGGACUGCAGGGUGCCCUUCUCCUCUGCACAUAUACCAUAUUAAUGAGAAUCGGGGCCCAGACCUAUUAACUGUCUGCACAAGCAAAUGUCUAUGUAGAUGCCUAUACAAAGGAAGGUGGGGCGGGCGGGCUCCUACAGCCUGACGCAUGCGUAAGCUAUAUACCCAGGCAGGCCUUGUGUGAUCCAGUCCAGAGCUCAAGGUUUGUCCUCUUACAGGCUUAGUGUAACCACCCUGGAAGGCCUCUAAUCAUGAAAAGGCACCACAGAAGAAACAGUAUUCCUAGAAGAAUCCCCCCUCUCUCUCUUCCUCUCCCUCUGUCUCUCUGUUGACAUACCCCCCUCAUUCAGCUCAGUCGGCUUCCUGCCCUCGUUUCAGCACGGAGCGUUCCAGGAUACAAGAGUGGUCAGUACCGAGGGCGAUUGCUCCAGGAAAAAAAAUCACAGUUCCAUCCUCUUCAAGUGCUCCUGCUCUUCUGAUCGCGCAUCUCCUCUCUCCUUCCCCACCCCCACCCCUCCCCAAAUCUACUCAGUUGGCUGAAUUGACGCUGGAGGUUUCUUUCCGCCCCCGCCCCCACGCUAACUCGUCCCCCCACCCCAUCUGUGCUGUUUCUCUCAUGUGUGCUUUCUUUCCCCCCCCUCACGCUUUGUGUAAUAUUUACUUUUUUUAUACGUUUUUUUAUUUGAGUCGGACCCCUGUUCAUUGUUUACUAUAAAUAAUUUAAAAAGGAAAAAAACACCUAUUUAUCUUAUUGCAUUUGAAUUGCUCACUUUCUCGUCUGAACGUGUUUUGAUAAAACCCUUUGUAUUUUUUGAUACUGUGUACAUUUUAGUCUAGGGAAUGUUUUACAAGGUAGCCUAGCUAUAGUAACGAUAGCAGAGGGUGGGGUGGAGGGCGUCCCUCCCGAGCCAUUACAUAUCUAUUUAAUCUGCAGUGGCAUUUGUGCCUUGCUAUAAUGUUUACUUCAAAGUAUUUCAAAUAAAACCAUCUAACAAUG